AUGGAUGAUGAAAUCAAGCAAAUGUUCAGAACAUUAUGCGAACAAAAUAAGGAAAUAAGAGAUGACAUAAAAUCAAUCAAAGAGGAGCUGCUCACUUCAAAUAACAGAGUCAGGGAGCUAGAAGAAAAAGUUCUAGACCUAGAAGGGGAAAACGAAAAGCUCAAAAAGUGUGUCGAAAACGGUAACAGGAAAACCAAAGAAAAUAAUUUGAUUAUAUACGGCGUGGAAGAGAGAGAAGAUUCAGACUCACUAGAUGAGCUUAUUAAUCUGAUGAAAGAUACGUUGGACGUAAAUUUACAAGAAUUUGAAGUUGGCAACAUUUACCGUAUAGGAAAAAAAGACACACAGAAAACACGUCCAAUCGUUUUAGAACUGGUACGAUACUUAAAAAAACAGGAAAUAUUGAGUAAAUGUAAUAAAUUGAAGGGGACUGGUAUAUCCGUAAGCCAUGAUCUCACACGCCAAGAAAGGGAAGAAAAAUUAAUACUUCUCAAAUAUUACAAGGAAGCUAAAGAAAAAAACUACCAAACAAAACUUUACCGAAAUAAACUGGUAGUAAAUGGGGACAUCUACACCUAUCAGGAUCUGAGAGAUAGGGAGAAUAUUCAGGUAGAAAAGGAGGACAGAAUUGAGAAUAAUAUUGAAGAACAAACAACAAGGGAAAAAGCAGUGCAUACAAAGGCUGCCAAAGAACCUACCUACGCCACUAGAAAUCAAGAAAAAUCACGUCAGAGGAUUCGUGAAGAACUCCCCAUUCCACCUUCCAAAAAAAUUAAAGAAUAA